UGAGUUUCUCUGUGCUCGGAUUUAAUGUGCUUUUUAUGCUGGAGUGAUCGAUCUCGUCAACUUCGGCUUAGAUAUCGUCAUUGCCAUUUGUUGGGGCUGAUGCGGGCUAGUUUGCUUCCUGAUUUCCUUGAGCAAUUUUUUUAUUUGAACAUCGGGCAUGUUUUACUAUCUUUUUUGUAGAAAUGCAGAAGAUGGUGAUAGUGGAGCAUCUGGUUCGCCGACUGCGUUGACAGAAACUAAUUCCGGCUCAUUUAGUUUACCAGAAACUAAUGACAGUGCAUCUAGUUCAUCAAUCGAGCUAAUCGGAAACCACUACGAUGUGUUCUUGAGCUUUAGAGGCCCAGAUACUAGAGAGGGCUUUACUGAUCACCUCUACAAUGGGCUCGUCGAUGCCGGAAUUCGUGCUUUCAGAGACGAUAAUGAGCUCCGCCAAGGUGAGAAGAUUGGCCCAGAUCUUUUGUCAUCCAUCCAGAAUAGUAAGAUCCUGAUCCCCAUUCUUUCAGUAAAUUAUGGUUCGAGCAAAUGGUGCCUUGAUGAACUGGUUCAAAUAAUGGAGUGCAAGAAUAGUAAUAUGAGGCAUAUAGUGUUGCCAAUAUUCUACAAAGUGGAACCAGCCCACAUCCGAUAUCAAUCCGGUAGUUUUGGAGAUGCAUUUCGUAGGCGUUUCAUAGCAGCUGAUGUACCACUUUUGGAGUUUUGGAGACACAUUUUGCAUGCGCUGCAUGCGUUUUGGAGACAUAUUUCUGCGACACCGAAGCGAGAUAGGAGGCCUAUCGACCCAACAGUUUUGGAGAAAUGGAAGCAAGCACUCAAAGAAGUCAGUUCCUUGAAAGGAUGGGAAGCCAAAGGGUAUGAAGGAGUAUUGGUGAGAUCGGUUGUCCAAAAAGUGUUAAGGGAGUUGAAGAAAGACUUUGAGUUGGUUAUUCCUGAGAAUUUGGUUGGAAUUGAUAAUCAAGUGGAGAAGGUUAUGGAAUUUGUAGAUAAUCAUGCUAGUGCUACCCUAUUUGUCGGAAUCUACGGAAUGGGAGGCAUUGGUAAGACAACUUUUGCUAAAACUAUCUAUAACAAGCUCUCCAAUCAAUUUGAAAAUUGUAGCUUCAUUGCUGAUAUCGGGGUUUCAUGUCAGCAUAAUGGCCUUGAGUACUUGCAGAAUCAGUUAAUCUUUGACAUAUUGAUGCAAAAAGAUCAAAUUUGCAAUAAGGACGAAGGGACUAAGUUCAUCUCAUCCAAGUUUGGAGCUAAGAAAGUUUUGAUUCUUUUGGAUGAUGUAGAUGAGGAAGAUCAGUUGGAAGCUUUAGCUGGAAGCCAUAAAUGGUUUUCUUCGGGAAGUAGGAUCCUUAUUACCACUAGAAACAAGAGUAUUCUUGACAAUGGUAGGGUCGACUACCACUAUGAACUUGAGGAACUAGAUAUGAAUCAAUCUUUGAUUUUGUUUAGUAGACAUGCAUUUCGAAUGAACUCCCCUCCAAUGGAAUUUGAGGACCUCACUCAUAAGGUCGUAUCCACCACCAGGAGGGCUCCCCUAUGUCUGGAGGUUUUAGGUUCAUUUUUGUGUGGAAAAGGGCCAACAAUAUGGAGAGGAUUUGGUUAUUAUUCAACUGGUUGUGAUGUAAAUGCUGAAAUUUUUGUAAGAGUUUCUGAAGGCACUUCUAAAGAAACAGAAUCAUCAGAGGACCAGGAGCUCAAUGCCGGGACUUCUCCAGACGCUGACUAUGCAUCCUUCGAACGGUAA